UUUUAGUGAAAGUCUAUGGUACUUAGAUUUUUUAAGCUCGCAGUAUAAUGUAUGAGUUGCUUAUGGUAUGAGUGAUAUUGAUUGUGCACUCAAAAAAUUGCUUUCACGCCCUGUGAAACCAAAACAAAAAAAAACACGGUUUAUAGAAUUCAAACGAGACUCUCGGACAGGACAGAGAGUUUUCAAAGUCCCAUCCACACCAAAGAAGAAAUACAGACCACGGAAAAAAAAAUUAGUUGCAGAGAAAGCUCUUCCUGAUAACGAUGCUGCCAAUAGUGAAGAUUACUUCAGUUGUGAUGAAAGUGAUUCAAAUAUUUACACACAAAACUCAGGUAUAUAUAUGUGGCUUGUGGUAUUUAUAAUGCAAAAAUGGUUUAACUGA